CUUCUUCAACAGCGCCAACAUUCGCUCAACAACCAACACCCCUUCAUUUGGAACAAUGGCCAAAAGGAAGAGGCCCACUCCUUCUACCGCCGCUGUUGCUUCUACUGCUGCCCUUAGCAAUCCUACCACCGUUGUGGCCGGAAAUUCUAUUGUCCCUCCAACCCCUCCAGCACUCCAGCAUGCCUCUGAACCCCCCCACCCACCUCUCAACUUCCAGGUAAUCACCGGAUCCUACGACAAGGUCCUUCACGGCUUCAUCGUGACAAUCCCCUCCUCCUCCCCGACAUCCUCCACUCCUUCUACAUCUUUAGUCCCGAAAGAAAAUGACGCCAUUUCACUACCCGCAACCUUUACGGAUUCCUUCCUCUUCACCGCCCACACAGCGCCAAUCCGUACCCUAACAAUCUCACCGCCCUCCGCAAACAUCUUGCAGAAGCGUAUCCUCGCUACCUCAUCAGCUGACGAGCAUAUAAACCUCUACACCCUAUCGUCCACUCUUCCACCGAUAAACUUUCAAAAACUAAAAAAGGCAGCUUCAACCCUAACGGCCAGCAAUCCCAAGAACAAAAACCUGGGAGUAUUGUCUCAUCAUCUCAACACUCCAACAGCUAUAAUAUUCACUCCUAACCGAUCAAAAAUUAUAACUGCGGGGUUGGAUGCUCAGAUUCAUAUCCUCCGAACUCGCGAUUGGGCACCCUUAUCCAUGCUUAAAUGUCCGAAACCCAAGCCCAAACCGAUCAACUACGCAACCGAUUACGGAGACGGAUACGGCCCAAGGAUCGACACGUUCAAUUCCGAGGCAACGUAUGGCGGCGGCGCCGGAGGUGUAAAUGAUAUUGCCCUUCACCCUUCUCAAAAGAUCCUCCUCUCGGUUGGCAAGAGUACGCGGCAAGUCCGGAUGUGGAACUUGAUGACAGGUCGUAAAGCCGGAGUACUAGCCCUAAGCAGAGAAGUCGUUCCCCCGAUAUUUGGCAGUGAAGGGACGAAGGUAGUAUGGAGCAAAACCGGAGAAGAGUAUGCAAUCGCCUUCGAACGCGGAGUAGUAGCCUUUGGGAUGGACUCCAGGCCGAAAAGUCGAAUCCGGACAGCGCCGAUAUCCAAGGUCCAUCAGAUUCGAUACAUCAACUUACCCACCACCAUCACGCAGAACAAGAAAGAUACGGAGGAGGAAGAGGUAUUGACAAUUUCCACUGAGGACGGGAGGGUGUUAUUCUAUUCCACUACCGAUCCGGAAUCUCUAGAUUCCCCAAAUUUGAUCGGUUUCCUCGGUGGAAGGUCUAUUGGCAUGCCUGGCAGAGUGAAAGACUUUAUCACAAUCGCCGUCCGGAAUAAUUUCUACCUCAUCACCGGCGGAACCGACGGGGUAGUGCGAAUCUGGGAUCUCGGCAAGGACUCGGAAAAGGAUAUCCAAGAGAUGAAGAAGGUCCGGAUCGAUGGUGGAGAAGGGAGGCAAAUUGGUUGCUUGGUCGGAAUUUACGAGACGGAGCGACGGAUCACUUGUCUGGGUGUCAUGGAGAUGGGCGGCGAGGGCGUUGAGGAGGAGGAAGAUAUUGAGAUGAGUGAUAGCAGUAGUAGCAGCAGUGGCGGUGAGGACGAUGAUGAUGAUGAGUAG